CUACUGGAAGUAGUAGCGAUGUAAAUGACUACUUCGUGUGGAGCGUUUAAAUUUUAUGUCAUUUGUGGGAUAAAAUGCGAAAUUUGCGUUACACGUUUAUGAAAACGCAUUUGCGAGAUCAUUCUCACAGACGAAACUACCUUAAGUGAUUUUUCGGUUAUGGUUAAAUGGAAAACACUGACAGUAUAGGUGAACGGUUAACAGAUGGAGAAGAUAGUGACUCUGAAGUGGAUGACUCGAAUAACAUGAUGGAAGACAGCUCUUCAGAUGAAAUGAACUCAGAACACAGGAAGACAGUAGUGACAAAGUCUGAUUUGUGUGACUCCCCCGUUUCAAAAGCAAGUAAUCACCACAUUCCAAAGAAGAAAUCAGGUGUCAGCUGUUCCAGCAAAGGAAUUAGUAAAAAAUCUCACUGUAAGCCUUCGACUUCUUCAGCAGCUACAAAAGUGCUUCUGGCUGAAGAACUAACAGAAGAACAAGUGAAGGACAAAAAACUUUUAAAAGAAAAGUAUAAAAAUUCUAAAUUCCAAGAGAAACUUCUACUAAUGGAAUUAAAAAAUAUGGAAAGAAAGAUCGAAAUGUUCAAAAAGUCUCAAAAACUUUGAUUCAGGUGUUUCUGGAAGUGUAUUUCUGAUUUUCUAAGUUAUUGCUUUAGUUUCAUAAAAUAAGAAAACCAUUUUUUAUUUCUCAUUAAUCUAAUACCAUUACUUGUAAAUAAAAGCAUAUUGUUUAAAACAUCAUUUGAAGUGUAUUGAGUUUUUACAAAUUCACACUGACGAUACUGGCCUUAUUUGUGAACUUCAGUUUUUCUUUUUAAUCGAUGAUUACACUCAAAGUGUUUUUAUUAUUGAAAGUUGGAAAUAUUGUAAUUUUUCCCUUUGAAUUUGUAUUACAUUUCCUCUUAGAAUAAUUAUCGAAUGGGGUGAGAUAAAAUUUGUAUCUGAA